GUAAAGGUGUGUGUGAGUUUGAGUGUAUGUGUGUGAGUGUGUGUGUGUGUGAGCUGGGCCCUUCUCUGCUGCCUUCAUUCAGGACCCAAUCUACCCCCCAGCUGGCCCAGAACCAGUUCCCCAGGUCCCUGGCAGUCCUCCCAAGGCCACCGCCUCCCUGGGCACAUCCCAGGCCAGUAUGGGAGAGGAGUCCCUGAGAUGCCCGGGGCCUCAGCGGCACAGACCGCCCUGCCAAGCCGGGCCCAGGGUGGCAGAAGGGAACUUGCCGGACCAGAAUGGGCCUCCCUCCUCCCCUUCGCUGGUUCCUGCUGACACUUCCAGGGCCCAGCCCCAAGAGGUUCCCUUCAGCAAGCCCCAGGCCCUGCCCAGCCGAGGGCCCCAGAGACACAAUUCAGGGGUAGAAAGAGCCCUGACUGGAAUCCCGGAGGACUGAUUAAUGAUUACAGGGGCGGAAUGAAGGCUGCCGGCUUAGGUGCACCUCAAAGUCCACCUUGGCCCUGACCCCCAGCGGAGGCGGCGGGAGAUGGAGGCAGGAGCUCAGGAGGCCCCGGCGGAGCCUCCCCGGGAGGCCAGGGCUGUCCUUAACACCUAUGACAUCCUGGUGGUGGUCUUCUAUUUUGUCUUCGUCCUGGCAGUGGGGAUCUGGUCCUCCCUCCGCGCCAGCAGAAGCACCGUCGGCGGCUAUUUCCUGGCCGGGCGCUCCAUGACCUGGUGGCCGAUCGGUGCCUCUCUGAUGUCCAGCAAUGUGGGCAGUGGCUUAUUCAUCGGCCUGGCGGGGACAGGAGCCGCUGGGGGCCUGGCUGUGGGGGGCUUCGAGUGGAAUGCCACCUGGCUGCUCAUCGCUCUGGGCUGGGUCUUUGUCCCCGUCUACAUCGCGGCGGGCGUCGUCACCAUGCCCGAGUACCUGAAGAAGCGAUUCGGGGGCCAGAGGAUCCAAGUGUACAUGUCCGUGCUCUCCCUCGUCCUGUACAUCUUCACCAAGAUCUCGACUGACAUCUUCUCGGGAGCCCUGUUCAUCCAGGUGUCCUUGGGCUGGGAUCUCUACCUCUCCACCAUCAUCUUACUCGUCGUGACGGCCGUCUACACUAUCGCCGGGGGCCUGACUGCCGUCAUCUACACGGACGCUCUGCAGACGCUCAUCAUGGUGGGGGGAGCCCUGGUCCUCAUGUUCUUGGGGUUUAAGGAGGUGGGCUGGUACCCGGGCCUGCAGGAGAAGUACAGCGCCGCCGUCGCCAACGUCACCGUGCCCAACACCACCUGCCACCUGCCGCGGCCCGACGCCUUCCACCUGUUCCGGGACCCCGUGACCGGGGAUAUCCCGUGGCCCGGCCUCAUCUUCGGGCUCACGGUGCUGGCCACGUGGUGCUGGUGCACGGACCAGGUACGGGCCCCCUCCCCGCCCCGAGGGGGCGCCGGGCUCGGGCCGGCCUCGCGGUGCCCACCUGGCCGGAGGCCCCUGCUCCGUGGCUGCCGCAGCGGUGCGGCCACGUGGCACAAUGCGGGCGCCCCCUGGCGGUGGGGGGUGCCCAGGAGCCCGACAGGAUGCGAGGCUGGUCCGCCUGUCCCUGGCCCCCGCCCCUGCCCCCCCUCCCCCCGCUGGACACCCGGUGUCUGCUCCCUCCCGGCCAACCUGCCCCGAACCCGUGUGGGGGCCCCGAAAACCGCCCGUUCUUUCAUUGCCCGCUGUUUCAGCCGGGCCCCCCGGCCCCCCCAGGCCCCACGGAGCCCCGGCCCCCCGGCCGAGGGGGCCCGCCUCCCCCUCACAAGGGGGCACAUGCCCUUGAGACCUGUUUCACACAUCCAUGGUCACCAGUACCCCCCCAUCACGGCGCUCUUCCUCCUGGCCAUCUUCUGCCACCGGGUCACAGAGCCCGGGGCCUUCUGGGGCCUGGUCUUCGGCCUGGUGGUCGGCGCCGUCCGGAUGGUCCUGGAGUUCUCGUACGGGGCCCCCUCGUGUGGAGAGCGCGACGCCCGGCCCGCCGUGCUCAGGGACGUGCACUACCUCUACUUCGCCCUGCUGCUCUUCGGCCUCACGGCCCUGGUCAUCCUGGCGGUCAGCUUCUGCACGCCCCCCAUCCCCGAGGAGAAGCUCAUCCCCCUGACCUGGUGGACCCGACACCGCAGGGCCCCGGGCCUGGACGGGCACUACCACGGGCACCCAGCCGGGGGUGGGGAGGCAGAGCGGUCGGCCCCGGACAGUCGGGCAGAGGAACACGUGUGGGGGGAUGGCGCCCUUAAGGAGGAAUGCCCAGCCCCGACCCAGUCCUGCUGGCAGAAGUUUUAUUUCUGGUUCUGUGGACUUUCUUCCUCCCCCACCCCCGUCCUGAGUCCCGCAGAGAAGGCCGCGAUGGAAAGAAAGUUAACGAGCAUCGAGGAGACGCCGCUGUGGAGGAACAUUUGCGACAUCAACGCCAUCUUUCUACUUGCCGUCAACAUCUUCCUCUGGGGCUACUUCGCCUAGGUGGGCCCCAUCAGUCUGGGAGGGACGAACCAUCUGGUAGCAAACUGCCUGCAAGGUCAGCAUCGGGAGUCGUGGAGGGAGCCCCUGAAAGGGGGCCGAGGUCAUCACGGAAGGUCAGUCAGGGCCGGCCGGGACUCGGGCCCACCUCAGCCGGUCCCCAACCACCGCCCUCUGCCCUGGUGAGUGGUGGCCACUGGACACGACCCCAGGCCUGGGGCUCGAAGCUUUGUCCGCGUCCUCCUGGCCAUGUGCGAUCUCGGACAAAGGUGCUUCCCUGCUCACUCCCUCCUGUGGCCCCUCCGGGUUUACAAAGCUCUUUCUUCCUGUGGCCCUGUGAGGAAGCGGAACCUCAGAGAGGAAAAGUGACUUCCGGAGGACCAGAGAGCAAGUUGGAGGGCAGGGCUCUCCCAGCAGGGUUCCCACUCUUCCAGACUGCCCCAAGCCAGCCGUCAUGGGCUUGGGCCAGGGAAACUACUCCCUUCUCUCCUUUCAGCAGGUCCUCGCCCAUCAUCUCCCCAGUGCCCAGGAGGGCCCUGAGGCCUGCUAGGAGCCUGGAGACGGGGGCUGGGAAGGUGCUCACCGGGUUCUAUGUCCCCCCCCCCUUUCAAACUCCUGCCUCCAUCCCUUCCUGGGGUCCCCACAGCUCUGUACAAUGCCGUUCUUCCACUCAGUGGCUCCCAUUCUUAAGGGCUGAAAUCCAGACUCUGCCUUAGUGUGAAGUUAGCAGUCUCGCCUCUCCAUUUUACUCAGGCCGCCCGUGUCUGGCCAAACCGAAGACCCUUGGCUCUUCACGCUCACCCUGUCCCAUCCCUCCUCAUGCUCACCCUGUCCCAUCCCUUUCUGAGACCUUCACUCCCGAUGUUGCCCAUUCUUAUAAAGAACGCCUCCAGUUGUGUCCUGAUCCAGCUGUUUUAUGGAGGAA